UGGGCGCCAGGCUAGCGGUGGCGCGCGGCGUGUGAAGGGCAGCGGACAGGGACAGGAUGCGAGCGCGGCGGCCGGGGCGGCUCUGGGCAGCUCUGCUGGCGCUGGGGACCCUGGCGGGCGUUGUCGUUGGAGAGUCCAACAUCUGUACCACACGAGGCGUGAACUCCUGCCAGCAAUGUCUGGCUGUGAGUCCUGUGUGUGCCUGGUGUUCAGAUGAGGCUCUGCCUCAGGGCUCCCCCCGCUGUAACCUGAAGGAGAGCCUGCUGAAGGACAACUGUGCUCCCGAGUCCAUUGAGUUCCCAGUCAGUGAGGCCCAGAUCCUGGAGAACAGACCGCUCAGCAGCAAGGCCUCUGGAGACAGCACCCAGAUCACUCAAGUCAGCCCCCAGAGGAUUGCCCUUCGACUGCGGCCAGAUGAUUCGAAGAUUUUUUCACUUCAAGUGCGGCAGGUGGAGGAUUACCCUGUAGACAUCUACUACUUGAUGGACCUGUCCUUCUCCAUGAAGGAUGAUCUGUCGAGCAUCCAGACCUUGGGUACCAAGUUGGCUUCCCAGAUGCGCAGGAUUACUAGCAACUUUCGGAUUGGCUUUGGGGCCUUUGUGGACAAGCCUGUAUCUCCAUACAUGUACAUCUCCCCACCAGAGGCUCUCAAAAACCCCUGUUACAGUAUGAAGGUUUCAUGUUUGCCGAUGUUUGGCUACAAACACGUGCUGACACUAACUGACCAGGUGACCCGCUUCAAUGAGGAAGUGAAGAAACAGAGUGUGUCACGGAACCGAGAUGCCCCAGAGGGCGGCUUUGACGCCAUCAUGCAGGCUACAGUCUGUGAUGAGAAAAUUGGCUGGAGGAAUGAUGCAUCCCAUUUGCUGGUGUUUACCACCGAUGCCAAGACCCACAUUGCACUGGAUGGAAGGCUGGCAGGCAUUGUCCAGCCCAACGAUGGGCAGUGUCACAUCGGCAGUGACAACCAGUACUCUGCCUCCACCACCAUGGAUUACCCGUCUCUGGGGCUGAUGACCGAGAAACUGUCCCAGAAAAACAUUAACCUGAUCUUUGCAGUCACUGAGGAUGUCGCCAACCUCUACCAGAACUAUAGUGAGCUCAUCCCCGGGACCACAGUGGGGAUCCUGUCUGAUGACUCAAGCAAUGUCCUCCAGCUCAUUGUUGAUGCUUACGGGAAAAUCCGCUCUAAAGUGGAGCUGGAAGUGCGUGACCUCCCUGAAGAGCUGUCCUUGUCCUUCAACGCCACCUGUCUUAACAAUGAGGUCAUCCCGGGCCUCAAGUCUUGUGUGGGACUCAAGAUUGGAGACACGGUGAGCUUCAGCAUCGAGGCCAAGGUCCGCGGCUGCCCCCGGGAGAAGGAGCAGUCUUUCACUAUCAAGCCCGUGGGCUUUAAGGAUAGCCUCACCGUCCAGGUCACCUUUGACUGUGACUGUGCCUGCCAGGCCUCCGCCCAGCCUCUCAGCCCACGCUGCAACAAUGGCAAUGGGACCUUUGAGUGUGGAGUGUGCCGCUGUAACCAGGGCUGGCUGGGAUCCAUGUGUGAGUGCUCCGAGGAGGACUACCGGCCCUCUCAGCAGGAAGAGUGCAGCUCCAAGGAGGGCCAACCCAUCUGCAGCCAGCGCGGCGAGUGCCUCUGCGGCCAGUGUGUCUGUCACAGUAGUGACUUCGGCAAGAUCACUGGCAAGUUCUGCGAGUGUGAUGACUUCUCCUGUGUCCGCUACAAAGGGGAGAUGUGCUCUGGCCACGGCCAGUGCAACUGUGGGGACUGCGUGUGCGACUCGGACUGGACCGGCUUCUACUGCAACUGCACGACGCGCACCGACACCUGCAUGUCCAGCAACGGGCUGCUGUGCAGCGGCCGGGGCAACUGUGAGUGUGGCAGCUGCGUCUGCGUCCAGCCCGGCUCCUAUGGAGACACCUGCGAGAAGUGUCCUACCUGCCCAGACGCCUGCUCGUUUAAGAAGGAGUGUGUGGAGUGUAAGAAGUUCAACCGGGGAACCCUACAUGAAGAAAACACCUGCAACCAUUACUGCCGAGACGACAUCGAGCCUGUGACAGAGCUGACGGAUACCGGCAAGAAUGCAGUGAAUUGUACCUACAAGAAUGAGGACGACUGUGUGGUCAGAUUCCAGUACUAUGAAGACACCAGUGGAAGAGCCAUCCUGUACGUGGUGGAAGAGCCAGAGUGUCCCAAGGGUCCUGACAUCCUGGUGGUCCUGAUGUCAGUGAUGGGAGCCAUUCUGCUCAUCGGUCUUGCUACUCUGCUCAUCUGGAAGCUACUCAUCACCAUCCAUGACCGGAAGGAAUUUGCUAAGUUCGAGGAAGAACGAGCCAGAGCCAAGUGGGACACAGCAAACAACCCACUGUAUAAAGAGGCCACCUCCACCUUCACCAAUAUCACCUACCGGGGCACUUAAUGAGAAGAAGUCAUCCUUAGACCAUUGUCCGAUUAGGCCAGGAUUGUGGGAGUCUCUGCCAUCAUGUUUACAGGGGACAGUAUUUGUGGGUGGGAUUAGGGGCUUGGAUUGGGCUGGGAAAAUGUCAGUAUGUGGGAGUGUGUCUCUGUGUGUAUGUAUAUGUAUGUGUUGAGUGUGGGGAAAUGUGUAAUUUAAAAUGUGUGAUGUGUCCCUAUAGGCAGAGCUACACGGCCUUUGCCCUCAGAAUCCCUCUUGAAGGGAGUCUUCCUGCUUAGCUUGAGGGGAACUCAUGAUGCUGAGCAGAUGCUCUUCAUGGCCUCUGAGAAGCCAGCUUGCCUGGUCAGGCCGUUCUCCCAGAAGAGAAGGGCGCGGCUGGGGUGCUUCCUUCCAGAGGAAGUGAUGCCAAGCCUCGAGCCUACACUGAGUUUGUAAGUUUCUGGUUCUUGGGCCUGUCAGUGGCCACGGUAGAAACUGCUUGGCUUUGGAGACUGGCUAUAUCAUUUGUGCCUCUGCCCACCUCUCCUCCCUCAGGCUGGAGGUGGAUCGGGAGAAACGAGCCCUCAAGAGCUGUCUGCAUCUUUCGCCAUCACCUCAGCCCCGCUAUGGGUCUCUCACAAGGAAAGUCCUGGAUACCUGGCUCUUUGGCCUAUUGAGCAUGAAGAUGUCAGGGCCACUCAGGGGUCAUGCAUGGCCUGGGGGGUGUGCCAGCACCUCCAAGGUCAUAAUCGCAGUCAUUCUUCCCUAGAGAUUUGUGUAGAAGUGUCACCUUUACGUCGACACCAUCUCUUACCUCCUACUUCUGCAUUCUCAUUGUUACAGACUGCUCUGCACUGAGGAUAUGACCAGAUGCCUUCCCCUCAGGGGAGAGUGCUUUGAU